GCUGCAGCUGUGGUGGCGGACUCGCGCUCAAAGACUCCCCUCUCAGCCACUCGCUCACACGCACACGCACGCACACCCCAAACAAAGAGAAGCACGCGAGGCAGCCCAGCAUCCCACUAGCAGAACCACCGCCCCCUCCCUCUCCCCCCCAUCCCUCUUUAGACAGAAUCGGUCCGGUCCGAGAGCACAGAACCGACGAUGACCACCAACGGCGCGACUAACGGGACCAGCGACAUGCUGCAGAUCCAGUUCGGUCUUAUCAACUGCGGCAACAAAUACCUAACGGCGGAGACCUUCGGCUUCAAAAUCAACGCGUGCGCGUCGUCCAUGAAGAAGAAGCAGAUCUGGACCCUGGAGCAGAGCGGCGACGACUCCAGCGGCGACGUGUUCCACCUCAAGUCCCACCUGGGCCGGUACAUCGCCGCCGACAAGGACGGCAACGUCACCGGGGACACCGAGAGCCCGGGCCCGGAGUGCCGGUUCGUCAUCACCGCCCACGACGACGGCCGCUGGUCCCUGCGGUCCGAGCCGCACGGCCGCUACCUGGGCGGCACCGAGGACCGGAUCAUCUGCUUCGCGCAGACCGCGUCCGUGGCGGAGAAAUGGAGCGUGCACAUCGCCAUGCACCCGCAGGUGAACAUCUUCAGCAUGACGCGCAAGCGGUACGCGCACCUGAGCGGCAAGGUGGACGAGAUCGCCAUCGACCGGGACGUGCCGUGGGGGGUGGACUCCAUGAUCACGCUGGUGUUCCAAGAUCAGCGCUACCACCUGCAGACCUCCGACAACCGCUUCCUGAGGAACGACGGCACGCUGCUCGCCCCCGCGGACAAGACCACGGGCUACACGCUGGAGUUCCGCUCCGGGAAGGUGGCGUUCAGGGACUGCGGCGGCAGGUACCUCGCUCCAUCCGGGCCCUCCGGCACCAUGAAGUCCGGCAAAGGCGCGCGCGUGGGCAAGGACGAGCUGUUCGUGCUGGAGCAGAGCCACCCGCAGGUGGUGCUGACCGCCGCCAACGAGAGGAACGUCUCCACCCGGCAAGGUAUGGACCUGUCAGCCAAUCAGGACGAGGAGGGCGACCAGGAAGUCUUCCAGGUGGAGAUAUGUCGCGAAAACCGCAAGUGUGCGUUCCGGACUGCCGCUGGGAAAUACUGGACCCUGACUGCUAAUGGUGGCCUGCAGUGCACCGCCUCUACCAAGUCGGCUAAUUGCUACUUUGACAUCGAGUGGCGUGGGAAGAGGCUGACUCUGCGUGCUGCCAACGGGAAAUAUGUCGCCGCCAAGAAGAACGGCCAGCUAGCGGCCACCAUCGACUCUGCCGGUGAGUCCGAGGAGUUUCUCAUGAAGCUGAUUAACCGCCCGAUCAUCGUGCUGCGCGGGGAGCACGGCUUCAUCGGCUGCAGGAAGGUGACGGGGACGCUGGACUCCAACCGCUCCACCUACGACUACUUCACCCUGGAGUUCAGAGAUGGAGCGUACAGCCUGCAAGACUCCACAGGUAAAUACUGGAUGGUUGGCAACGAGCAGUCGGUGGUGAGCAGCAGCGAUGCGCCCGUCGACUUCCUUUUUGAGUUUUGCGACUACAACAAGCUGGCUAUCCGCCACGCCGCCGACGGCAAGUACCUCCGUGGCGACCACGCCGGCGUGCUGAAGGCCAACGCCGACGACCUGGAGACCGCCACGCUCUGGGAGUACUGAGGGAGGCUGUGGCUGCUGCGGAGCCGAUGGGUGAAAGUGUGGCGACGCAGCACAACCUGUCCGUGCAUCCCCCUAUUACCCCCACCACCCCCCGCCCCCCACUCCUUAUAUUAUAUCUCGUACUACGACUUUAUUUGUUGAUGAACUGCAUAGAGACCAUGAAGGAUAGAAGGAGAAAGGACGGAGGCGCUCUUUUCCCCGCAGUCUAGCCCUCCCAUCUUUUCCCAGCUUCCCGCCACCCUUUAUCUGUUGCCAUAGUUACCGUGGGGCUGUGCACUUUUUCUGCUCCGAUCUGGUUCGCUGCUCGACCUGUCACACUCUCUCCCUCCUCGCCUUAGGAUUGGGCCGUCCCUCUCGCAGAGCAGAGCCACAUUUUAAGAGCCCCCCCCCCCACCACUACCCCUUUCAACCCGUCUCUAUUGUCUGUGUGAGCAGCACAUGGUGGCAGUAUUUACUCUCUGUGACCCGGUCUGCCAGAUCUGCUUCUACCUGAUCGGAUCUCCCGAAGCCAAUCCACCGUCGAUAUAAUCUGCUUCAGCUACUUCCUGUCAGCUGGACGCACAACAUGGAGACGGUGGGUCCGUCUUUGAGAGUUUCUCAUCGCGUAGCAACCGAUUUUCUGAUCUGACCAGGCCCAGUGUGUUUGUUUUUCAUGAGCAGGCCCCGUGGCCUUGGCAUCAUGAAUGUGUGAUUUACCUGGGGAGGAUCUGAUGAUAUAGAAAACGAUGUAACUUACGGGUUUAACCCCCCCCCCCCGCCCACACACACACCCUUAUUCAUCUCAACUGUAAAAUAGUCUAAACCUGUUUCCUGUAUUGUUCUCAUUGGACCAAACAGGAUGUAGGAAGCAAAAACACGUAAACCCCCCCCUCCCCCCGACCCUCCACGCGCCAAACCUAUUGUCCCAAGACCAGUUAAAAGAAAUUAAAAAUAGAAAUGGUGCGGUCACAUACUGUGUGUUUACUGCAUCACUUGUCGUACUGGAAGAAGACCAGCGCUCCCUGAUACAGUUGGAUUUCUUUUCCUACAUCCAAGGCACAGACAUUAUCAUGGGUACAGUAGGUAGCCAUAGCAACGGAACGAUUUAUUAUUCCAUUUUGAAAGCUGCUUUUUGAAUCCUUCAACCAAACCUAGACCUUAGGCUUUAUUUUGACCAAACCUUUGAUACUGGAUUAACAAACAUCAUCUCACACACACACACACACACACACACACACACACCUGAGAAACCUGGUGCUACUAACUCAUGACAUGUUACAGUCCUGUUGAUUAUCUCGCGCUGUCUGGACAAGCCAAUGUUGAUUUUCCGCUGUGUCUCUGCACAUUAAAGCUUUUCCAUGUAACAGAAAAGGCUGAAAGAGAGCCCUUACUAACACUAAUCUGCUGCUUCUUUAGAUUUCAUUUUUGUUCGAAAUAUCAUGGCAACCUUUUGAGAUAAGAUUUGUUUUUCGGUUUUGUUGGAUUUCUUUUGCGUUCCUGACUUUUCCUUAAAGGUGGUGAAGACAUGUGUUAAAAAAAAAAAAGAGACAAAUAUCUUUUAUGCUUGCGUGUAGCAAAGCACCCAUGGGUCCCGCCCUCCUCGGCGCCCUUCGGCUUUCUCCAUAGCACAAAGCCGCAAUGGUUUCUGUCGACUUUUACAAUACAGCAAAGAUUGGCACUUGGCCCCUAAAUUAUUGGCUCUUCCACCAUCAUCGUCACCAUCAAACAUUCCUCUAAUGUGACACUAAGUAUGGCUGUACCCCACGUGGAAUGAUGCAUGAUUGUAGCCAGUUCCUCAACUGUGUUUUUAACGUUUCGAGCGUUUUUUUUAUGCGCGAAAGGUUGAGAAUCUCAUGCGAAUAAAAGGAGCGGUUUGUCCUUGGAGAAACCUGGGUCUCCAUGGUAACCAAGACCAAGGCUGAGACAAACUGAUGUGGAAGGGUAAACAUGUGGUAAUGACUGUGCCUUACACUCGGGUUUUUGGGCAGUAGAAGAAAAAAAGAUUUAAAAAAAGAAUCCACAUCUUUGCUUUGUAUAACUGGAAGUUCUUUUUGUAUUAUUGUUUUGUAUCUUUUUUUUUGAUAUUGUGGAUUAACCUCUCUUGUGCCAUUUGGUUCACCUGAAAUCCAACGACCAAUAAAACUGGAAUUUGGAACGCUA